GAAGGAAGCGGGUGCAUGUGUUUGCCAAGCUUUGCCUUGUCAUUGUAUCCAGAGAGAAACGCGUGGUCAGCGGCACCACCGACAGCUCCACUGCAGCCCAACUGGUACAUGGUGGUGUGUAAAGUCAGACUUGAAGCCAGACAUGGACACUGAAAAGAGUGUUGAGGUUGUAGAUGCGUCAGAGGCUCCACAGCAAGAGGAGACUAAAAUGGAAAAAGAGGUUGUGUCAAAAUUGGAGACACCAGAGGAAUUCACAGAGCCUGAGAAGCCACCAGCUGCUGAUGAAGAGCCUGAGCAGCUGGCAGUAAAUGGCGGCGACACAGAAGCCAUAAACUUGAAAGAAACAGAGGAGAUGAUUGUGACAGAAAAUGUGACGCUGGCUGCGGGAAAUACAGAAAUGGAGAUUGAGGAUAGCUCGCCCAGAGAGAAAUCUGAAAUGGAGUCAGAGGCCGGUGCGGUGGCACCACCAGAACCAGAUGAGUCAUCUGAAAAGAUCUCUGACCCAGUUGCAGCUUUAGACACAGAACCAGAAAACACCCAGCCUGACGAGCAGCCUGUGCCAGAGAAUGACCCAGAACCUUUGCCUGUGCAAACACCUCUGUCCGAGAGUGGCCCUGAACCGCAGCCAGAGCCAGAGAAACUGGCAGAAUCAGUCCCACAAGCUGAACUACAAGAGCAAACAUUACCUGAACCAACUGUGCUGCAGCCGCCAGUAGAUACACAACCACCCAGCCAAGAGGAGACGGCGUCAGAACAAGCGGAGAAAGAACUGCAGACUACAAUGGAGACCGGGGCAGGAGAAGUUCCCAAAGUGGAGGUGGCAGCAGAAAAAGUCGCAGCAGAGUCUACAAAGGAGGUGGAAGAAGAAAAAAUGGCAGAAUCAGACAAACCAGCAGAGACUGUGUUGGUGACGGAGGCUUCCCCGGAAAAGCCAGCAGGAGCAGUGACAUUGAAGGAGGAGACACCGGCUGAAAUUGCACCUGUGAAACCUGCGGAGGAAGAGAAGGGAGCAGAAAAAACGGAGCCUGUUGCCCUGGCGGGAGCUGAAGCAGCAGCAGAAGGUGAAGUUAAAUCUGAGAAGAACGAUGGCGAGCCUCCAAAAGAAGAAGAUCCGGCCCCUGCAUCUGGCUCCCUGUCCUUUGCCCUCUUGGAAAACGAGCAGACCAAAAAUGCCCUGCGAAGCUCCCGUACCCUCGUUGUCCUCAGAGGCCUUCCAGGAAGCGGUAAAAGCUUCUUGGCACGUGCCAUCGCCGACGCCUACAAAGACCACUGCUCUGUCAUCUGCGCUGAUGACCACGGCGUAAAACCAGAGAAUCCAGAAUCAUCCGCGAAUGGAUAUGCGGCUCUGGAUGAGGCUGUGGUUGCCUGCUGCAGCGCAGGAACGGCCUCCUCUGUGCUGAUUGUGGUAGAUGACACCAACCACACCCAGGAUCGGCUGGCCCGCCUGGGGGAGAUUGCCGAGCAACACCACCUUGUUGCCGUCUUUUUGGAGCCACGCACCGAAUGGAGCAAAGAUCCUGCUCAGCUGUCCAAGAAGACCAGGCGCGGAUUGGAGGAGGCCCAACUGGAAGCCAUGAAGAGUCCACUUGAGGAAAUGUCCCUUCCUCUUUACUUUGGCUGGUUUCUCCUCUCGUCCAUCCAGGAGAAGGUUCGGUGCACGUCAAUGGACUUCCUUAAAACGCUGGACACCUUGGAGGCCUUCAAGAAACACCUGAUUGACUUCACUGGGAAAGCUGAGAAGGAGGUGGAUUUGGAGCAGUACUUCCAAGCCAAAGGAACCCUCCACUGCACUACAAAAUUCUGUGACUAUGGAAAAGAAGAUGGAUCCAAAGAAUAUGCUCAGACCCAAGCUGUUCAAGAUCUCUACGGUUCUGUAUUCGAGCUGUCACUGAGUGCUCUCUUUGUGACUCCUCGCACUGUCGGAGCUAGAGUGUCCCUCUCGGAGGAGCAGCUUCUGCUGUGGCCAGCCGAUGCCGAAAAGCAGGCAGGGUCUCCCUCCCUGCCUCCGGGAAGUCGCGCCCACGUCACUCUAGGAUGUGCCGAGGGUGUUGAGCCAGUUCAAACAGGUUUGGAUCUGCUCGAAAUCCUGGCCCUGCAGCAGGAGGGCCAGCAGGGGGAGCUCAUCGAGGAGAUGGAGCUGGGCUCGCUGACCUACUACGGCGAGGGAAGGUGGCUGCUCAGUCUUAGAGAGCCCAUCUGCACCCCAGCACAGUUCUCCAGCUACUAUGGGCGUAAGGCACCUGAGCCCACCAAAAAAGAGCCCGAGAAGAAAAAGAAGCAGAAGUGCACCAUAUUGUAAAUGGCAAACAUGGGGAUGUGUGGCCGGGAUGACUGGUGAAUUAAAAUUUAGGCUUAUUUUGUGCAAGGUUUGUGUGUUUGUGCAGCAUUUAGGGUCUCAGUUACAGCCACCCUAAAUCCACACGCUGUGUGCCUUUUUACUGUUGAUUUGCACCACAAUCCAAGAUGCCUUCAAUCCAGUUAGGCUUGUUGUCAGCGUUGUUCAGUAUCUUGUUUCACAUAUCAAUGCCAGAGCUGCAGGAACUGGCUGUUUGCUGAGGUGUUAGCUGCAGUUUUAGACUAAGAUAGUAUAGCCUCCUCACACAGCACCACAGUUAUCUAAAACUUAGAUUUCCUUCUCCUAUUCAUGUCGGUGUCUCUCAGUAUUCAGAUGUGAAAAAUUAGGUACUUUAUUUGCAUGCAUCCCAGGUUAACAGUAUCAGCAUGUUAUUUCCGUGCAAGUAUGUGUGUGCGCUGCCUAGGAAGUAAUUGUUACAAUAGCAUUUGGGCCAAAGUUAUCUAUUUGAUUAAGUGUAUUAGAAUGAAUGUCAUUUAUAGAGGUCCUUCCUUGUUAAAUCUUUGCACUGUGCAUAGUUUGAAAGGGAGAAUGCUUAUGAAUUUGGCAUUUUGUUUCUGCAGCUUGCACUUAUCAAAUGCUGUGAAUCCAAGUUCAUAUUUUGCAAUCUUUUCUACUGCGCAAGACUGCACCAUUGAUCCCUUUUUAUUCUCUUUGAACAGCACUUCAUGUAUUUGCAUUUCGAUUUGUAUCCUCUGUGACUGUAAUUUUUUGAAGGGCAAUUCCUACUUUGUGUAGCUCUUAUGAAUCACUAUUUUUGCACUUGUUUUGUACACUUAAUAAAAAAGAACAUGCUUUGCUCCAGUAA